UCCACAGCGUCUAAGCCGACCAUUAUCGUCAAACGAAAUACGAAAAGAGCCACUUUCCAGUUGUGUGGCUUGUGUCGACAUGAUCCAUCUGCUCGGCAUUUGAGUCGCAGCGAGUUGAACCGAUCGACCGAGAGGUGGCUAGCUACAGACCAAGCAUCCUUGCCCUCCGUCACCACUCAACAAUCAACUGGCUGCUUCCUGCGACUAUUUAACAUUGAGUCCCUCCUAAAGUGGUGUGGAUAUCGUCUUUUUUUGCACAUCCAAUCUUCAAAUUCCUUUCUUGCAGUGCCACGUUGGCCUCCGUUUCGCACCAUGUCUUCCACCACUCAGAGCAGCUCUGCCCGCAGCUUUCCUACCAUAAAACAUGUCCGCACCUUUAUAACACAAGGACCAGGCUCGGGCGGAGACUAUCACAAUGUACAUGGCGGACAUUGGCUGAUAGAUAGCAAGAUAUCUACCCCCAUGUCUCAAUAUGAAAAAUAUAGGAAAUCCCGAACAAGCUGGGGUAUCAAUGUGCUGGGUUCUUUCUGUGUGGAACUCGAGGCUUCAGAUGGUACCAAAGGCUUUGCUACUGGGUUCGGAGGCCCACCAGCUUGUUGGCUCGUAGCAGAGCACUUUGAGCGCUUUUUGGUUGGGCAAGAUCCCCGCGAUACCAACCAUUUGUUCGAACAAAUGUACCGAGCCUCCAUGUUCUACGGUCGUAAAGGACUCCCGGUCGCCGUGAUUUCCGUCAUCGAUCUUGCUAUCUGGGACUUGCUUGGCAAGAUUCGAAAUGAACCAGUGUACAAGAUGAUUGGUGGCGCAACCCGAGAGAGAUUAGACUUCUACUGCACCGGUCCUGAACCUGCAGCUGCGAAGGAAAUGGGAUUCUUCGGCGCAAAGGUUCCGCUUCCAUAUGGUCCAGGUGAGGGCGUAGAGGGGUUGAAGAAGAACGUCGAAUUCCUCACUAAACACCGGGAGAGCGUUGGGCCCGAUUUCCCUCUCAUGGUCGACUGCUACAUGAGCUUGAACGUGCCUUACACCAUCGAGGUUGUGAAAGCAACCGAGCACCUCAACCUGAACUGGUGGGAGGAAUGUCUGUCACCUGAUGACACGGAUGGUUUCGAACAGAUCAAGCGAGCUCAUCCGAGAAUGAAGUUCACAACUGGCGAACACGAAUACUCCAGAUAUGGCUUUCGGAAGCUGAUUGAAGGGCGGAAUCUUGACAUCCUUCAACCUGAUGUCAUGUGGGUGGGCGGUAUGACUGAGCUGUUGAAAGUGGCUGCUAUGGCUGCGGCCUACGACAUUCCCGUCGUACCGCAUGCUAGCGGGCCUUACUCGUACCACUUCGUAGUCAGCCAGGCCAAUUCGCCAUUCCAGGAGUAUCUCGCCAAUUCUCCAGACGGAAAGUCGGUGUUGCCUGUCUUCGGAGAUCUUUUCGUCAACGAGCCCAUCCCCACUAAAGGCUAUCUCGAUGUUUCUAUCCUCGACAAACCUGGAUUUGGGCUUGAGCUGAAUCCCAGCGCUCGACUCAUCAACGCCGCAAGCAUCCUCAAUCCUGCACCAUCCAAGUCCUUGAAGUUGGAGGAGACACAACCGGAACAACUAAAAGCCGGAGACGCGAAGGUCGAACAAUGA